UCCGCCUCCCUCCGCAGGCACCUGCCCGCUCUGUCGGUUCUAACUUUCGCUGCCUGUUCCGCGCCCCGAGCACCCUGUCCAGUGCUGCGGCGGGGAUGGACGCCGCGGGGCCGCGCCGCUGCUAACCGGUACGGCGGGCGGGCGGCCGGGGAGCUGCUGCCGGGGCUCUCCGGCUUCGCCUUGCCUGCCGCUGCUGUUUUCGCUGCCGCCUUCGCUGCCCCACUCUGAGCGGGCAUGGAGGUCCAGCUGGGGGUUGGCCGCGUCUACCCGCGGGCGGGCGGCAGGACCUUCCGCGGCGCUUUCCAGAGCUUUUUCCAGAGCGUAUGCGAGGCUUUCCAGGCGCCGCGGGAGGAGCCCGGCGCCGGCCAGCAGCCCCGGCCGCCGAGCCCCCGGCCGCCUUACUCGCCCUCCUGCCUGCCGCCCCAGGAGCCCCGCGACGCCGGGAAAGCGGUGCCGGCAGCCGGCCCUGCCGUGGGCUCGCCUUUUCCCUGCUCCGGCGAGAUGAGGGAGCUGCUGGGCGAGACGGGCGCGAUGCCGCUGCCGGCGGCGCCCGAAGCCGAGCCGGCGCCCAAGGAGGACCCGCUGGGCGACAGCGCCAGGCAGCUCUGCAGGGCCGUGUCUGCCUCCAUGGGCCUGGCCCUAGAGGCACCGACCGAGCCGCUGACCCGUGAGGACUGCAUGUUCGCGCUGCCCGCCGGGCCGCCCCGUACUCCUCGCCCUGCCGGUGGGGACCCGCCGCAGGCACCGCCCGCUCCGGCCGCCUUCGCGGGCGCCGGGGCUGCCCUGGCCGUCGAUGUCCCCGCCGGGCCGGAGCUCUGCCACGGCUCGCCGGAGCCCGCAGCGCGGCCGGCCCCCGUCCUCCGCCUGCCGCCGCACGCCCGCGUCAAGCUGGAGAGCCCGCCGGGGCCGGCGGCGGGCGGCAGCUGGGGCAACGUGUGCCGCUACGGCACCGAAAUGGCCCCUCCGGGCCCCGCGCCGCCCUGGCCCGCCUUUCUCACCGAGGAGGGGCCGCUGUACGGGCCCUGCGCCGAGCCGCCCGCCGGGCCCCUCGGUUGCGGCCGCGGGCUGGCCGCAGACACCGCCGGCUUCCCCGCCGACACCUGGUACCCGGCGGGCCGGGCGCCUUUCGCCGUCCCGGCCGCCUGCAUCAAGAGCGAGCUGGAACCCUGGGCCGAGGGCUACGCCGGCGCCUACGGCGAUGUCCGGUUGGAGACUGGCCAUGAACAUGUCUUGCCCAUUGACUAUUACUUUCCACCUCAAAAGACUUGCCUGAUCUGUGGAGAUGAAGCAUCUGGGUGCCAUUAUGGAGCCCUCACUUGUGGUAGCUGCAAAGUCUUCUUCAAACGGGCGGCUGAAGGUAAACAGAAAUACCUUUGUGCCAGCCGGAACGACUGCACCAUCGACAAGUUCAGGAGGAAAAACUGCCCGUCCUGCCGCCUGCGGAAGUGCUAUGAAGCUGGGAUGACUCUUGGAGCCCGCAAGCUGAAGAAGAUGGGCAACCUGAAGACACAAGAUGAAGUGGAGGCAGCCAGCUCAUCCAGCCCCACAGAAGAGCAAGCUCCCAAGAUGGUGAUGACGCGCAUUGAUGGGUAUGAGUGCCAGCCCAUCUUCCUCAACGUCCUGGAGGCCAUUGAGCCUGGUGUGGUGUGUGCUGGCCAUGACAACAGCCAGCCGGACUCCUUUUCCAACCUGCUGACCAGCCUGAAUGAGCUUGGGGAGAGGCAGCUGAUCUAUGUGGUCAAAUGGGCAAAGGCUUUGCCAGGAUUUCGCAACCUGCAUGUGGAUGACCAGAUGUCAAUAAUCCAGUACUCUUGGAUGGGCCUUAUGGUGUUCGCUAUGGGUUGGAGAUCUUUCACCAACGUCAAUUCCAGGAUGCUUUACUUUGCUCCAGAUUUGGUCUUCAAUGAGUACCGGAUGCACAAAUCCAGAAUGUACAGCCAAUGUGUCAGGAUGCGGCACCUCUCUCAGGAGUUCGGGUGGCUUCAGAUCACACUGCAGGAGUUCCUCUGCAUGAAGGCUCUACUCUUCUUCAGUAUUAUUCCAGUGGAUGGCCUGAAGAACCAGAAGCUCUUUGAUGAACUUCGAAUGAAUUACAUUAAGGAACUUGACCGUAUCAUUGCUUGCAAGAGGAAGAACCCUACCUCCUGCUCUCGGCGAUUUUACCAGCUCACCAAGGUCCUGGACUCCGUGCAUCCUAUUGCCAAGGAUCUGCAUCAGUUUACAUUUGACCUUUUAAUUAAGGCACAUAUGGUGAGCGUGGACUACCCUGAAAUGAUGGCUGAGAUCAUCUCUGUGCAGGUUCCCAAGAUCCUGUCUGGAAAAGUCAAGCCUAUCUACUUCCACGCACAGUGAUCUUCCGGAAGGACCUCCCAGUUCUGCCACCCCCAUUUCAGCAAUCUCCUGCCAGUUUUUUCUGCACUACUGUACUGCAGUGCCUUGGGGAAUCCCCUCUACAGGCGGUGUGCCGGGAGGAUGGACAGUGACAAACAGCUACCUGCUGGGAUUCCCGAGAUUUCUGUUUUUCGUGAGGUACCUCUUGAACUGAGCUACCUGCCUCAGCUUCUGCCUAGAUCUGGCUGGCUCGCCGUGCUGGGACAGGGGACUGUGACACGGUGGCAGCGGCACCGUGCCUGUGCUCUCUCAGUUGUGUGUUUUCCACAGUGACUUGCAGUGGCCCAGGGCCACGAGCGAGCAGGAGAAAUGCCAGCGGUCGUUGGGUUCGGUGUUUGUUUUAAAGAAGAAACAGGACAAGACAAGAAGCAGGUUGAGCCUGUAAGUGUGGGUGUGGGUUGCUUUACUGGCCUUCUUCAGGACUUUUAAAUUGCAUUAAUGGUGCUGGGAAGCAGAUGAGUUGAAAUAUUGCAGUAGAGAAACAGAGAAGAGCUGGGGGAUGAGAUGAACUUGCAGCCUGGUGACUUGGCAGGGCCUGCUGCUGACACAGAGCCACCAUGCAGCUGCUGAGGGGUCUGCUCUGGACUGCAUGCCUGCCUAUGCAGCAUCAGUAUUAGCUGAUGGAGCGUUACAGGGUGUCAGCAAAAGGGUUGGAGAGGAAGGUGACCUUCCCGAAGUCCCAAAGGUGACAAAUGGCUACUGUUUACCACCUGGGAUGGUUUUGCUAUGUCCAGCCAAGCUGGGUCUUGGUCUGCCCCGCAGACUCCCACGCACUCAGCAGUCACAUUCCCAUCCUCGAUAGCUGCUGCUCCUCCAACACAGCCGUACUCGCUUCCGCAAGUGCCUGACGUUCUCAGACCUUAUGCUUCCCCCUCCACCCAUGGGCAGCCGGGGCCCCUACCCAGCCCCUCACCAGCUCUGCUCCCGCUGGGUGUCCCCAGGCCCUGGGUUUCCAUCUACAUCACUUAUUUCCCAUUUGUCCCAACCAUUCUUUCUGAUGCCAGCAGACCAGCACGCCAGGAGCAAAGCAGCGGGGCUGGGAUCUGCAGGACCUGUGAGGCUACAGGAUUCCUGCUGUCAAUCCCGUCCUUCAGGAGGUGGCUGUGACGACUGCCUGUUGCUGCUAUGGCACUGCAGGGACUUAUAAAAGAAACGCUGAAGAGACCUUCUGCCCUUCUAAGCAGUGCACAUGGCCCCUGCUGACUGCAGUGGUUGAUUGCAGCCUGGGGGACGCCAUCCCAAGCACACCGUCCCGUGUGCUUCACCAGUCCACAACAGCCCAGCGUGGCAGUGGCAGAGCCCAGGCCACAGGCGGAUGCAGCACAGGCUGCAGCUCCACAGUGAGGAUGGAUAAAUGCACCCUGGCUUAACCGGUGGUUGGUCCACAGCCAGCAAAGAGCAAAGGCUGAAUGGUCUGCAGCUGCUGGUGGUCCUCAGCCGUCAGGAGUACCUUGAGAAAUGCAAGGCUUGGUUUGUCAGGCUUGACUGUUCCAUACCUCAGGUUCAGAAGGGAGCACAGGCCCAUUCGAUGCCCGUGUUCUGAUUUAUUUGGUGGGCUCAGUCUCCCACACAGUGGCCAAGCCUGCAUUCCCCAUUGUAUUUCAGUUCCCUCUUCCUGCACAGCAUGAGCACACCAGAACUGAUCAGACACGUCCCCCCUGUGUAAUACCAGCUGCUUGUCUUUGUCGGGUGUCUUUAAAAGCAAAGGGAAUGAGGUUGCAGACAGUUGAUUGCCACACACGUGUUGUGCAGUAAACAGCACUAAUGCCUGCGCUGCUUGGACCAUUGAGGAGCUGAGCAUCACCAUCAUCUCUUCAGGCAGACGCCCUCACGGUACUUCUGGGUUCUUUGUAAACUCUCAGUAAAGCAAACUUAUUUUACUGAGAUACUUUUCAGUCAGCUGUGGGAUUUUCAUUAAGGGAAGGGGUAGGAGUAAAGCCCUUAAAACUAUUGAAGGGGAGGAGCUAUCUUUGCAGUUGUUUGUGAUGGGUUUUCCUCCCCUGCUAGAUAUGGCUUCCACUUGAAACCGCUUCGUGUGGAUGGCAACAGAAUCCUUAGAUAACCUUCCUGAAUGCCAGCCAGGAGGGCGGUGUUCUGAGUAAGCUUCUAUUUUAGAGGGCUGCAAGCAUUUUAAAUGUUAAUAUGAUCUACUAAUAUUUGCAAAUGAACUGGUAAAAAAUCCUGCUGGUGCACUUCUCUCUUCCUGAGCAUUUUCUGCAGAAAGCAGAAGGGCACAGUGAACAGCUGGCUGGGUACUCUCUCAUCAAUGGUUAGGAUGUUUAGGAGCAAUCUGAAGAGCUCCUUUGGAGAGCUCUGUAUUUUGCACAAGCUCUUGUCAGUGAAGUUUUCAUUAGUUAAUGAGUGGAGGUAUCCUGCUAGGUACUUUUCUGCUGGGAGAUCGGAAAGAAAUCAAGUUUAAUAGGGAUUUGCAUACACUGUGUGCUAGUGGAAGCACAAUGCAAAUGAAUAGCAGUUUAGAAGGGGAUGCUGCCUGUGCAUCAUGUGCUGGAUGCGUGCAGCUCGUGAGUGGUCAGGUUUGAUGUGUGAUGGGGCAGGAGCUUGGGUGAGGUGCCCCCGGCCAGUGGGCAGGAGCCAGCCAGGCUGUCACCAGUGAGCACCCCAGGGCUCCACUGUUCUUGGGUGGGCACCGGCCUUACGUUCUCUGUCUCUUCAGCAUCAAAGCAAUCUUCUGCAGCUUUUACAUUCUGAAGUUGACUUCUUAUGACAUCGUUAGAGUGGUGACUGGAGGGUUCAGGAACUGGGAUCGGGAGCAACUGUGCGUGUUUGCAGGGGGAGUUAACACUUCCCUUGUUUGUUUUCAUGGACUGCUGCAGGAACUGCGUCAAAAUGAGGCUUAAGAAAUACCAAAGUCCAGAUCCUGCCAUCUAUCUGUACUUUAUGUUCUCUUCUGCAUUUUCUUGUCUACUUUUGCUUUAAUAAAGCAAUGAAAAUUUUACCAUCCUCACAAUCAUGUCAGUGCUGUCCCUGAGGCUUCCCUUGGGAUGGCAGAACCCCUGGAGGGGGGACCCCUUUGGCCUCGCUGCUUCCAAAUCCCACCUCAGAGUCACCGAGGUAGAUACCAAGUGAGUCGGCCCUGCGGAGGGGAGGCAGGAUGCUCGCCACCUUCACCACCCCGUGCUCCUUUUGUUGCUCUGUUGGGGUCGUUGCCAGUGUCUGCAGGGAUGCUGAGGUGGUACCUGAGGUGACCACUGCCUCCCAUCAGCUGGGCUCACUGCCCUCCCCUGCCACGUCACCACCAGCACAGGUCCCUGCAGCAACCUGUUCCAUCAGCUGCUGCUCCGCUUGCUGAGCUCUCUCCCUAGAUGUUUCAAUGCCGUAUGUUAAAUGUACAUAUAUACUAAAAUAAAAGCAUGCCCCACUUUA